AGUUUAAGGGAAAUUUGGUGAAAAACCCUCCUGCUCUUUAUAGUUGGCUUGAAAAACCCUUUACAGUACGUUGCCAUUUCUUUUUCCUCCAUCUCUUCCGGGCAAGCAAAUAAUUUUGGCGCAAACUCUAUGGAGGUUUCUACUGCCACUCUCCAACCCUCUUGUUCUUUCCCACUAAGAGCCCCUAAAACCGCUACCAGAGACCGCGCUUCUUCUCUCUCUUUCGUCAGAAUCUCGUCUAGAAGUAUUUCCCUAUCUUCCAAAAUCACCAAUGGUUGUCUCUUACCAGUUAAACAACCAGUCAGACCUGUUGCUGCUGCUACUGUUGGUGAUACAACUGCAGUUCCAAAUGAUUGUUCUAGUGCAGAAGAAUUGUCCAUUUCUGAUUCUUCUAACGCCACAUUGGUUGAAGAUGAAUCCAGAGGAAGUGGUGAAAAGGGGGAAGAGAAAGGUGGUGUGGGGGGCUUGGAUGACCACAAAAUGACCCAAGUAUGUGACAAGCUUAUUGAGGUUUUCUUGGUUGACAAGCCCACUCCAACUGACUGGAGAAGAUUAUUAGCUUUCAGUAAGGAAUGGGAUGAUAUCCGGCCUCAUUUCUAUAAGCGCUGUCAGGACCGGGCAGAUGCUGAGGAUGAUCCUGGAAUGAAGCAUAAACUACUACGGCUUGGGCGGAAAUUGAAAGAGAUUGAUGAAGAUGUGCAAAGACACAAUGAACUUCUUAAAGUCGUUAGAGGGGCUCCAUCAGAAAUUAGUGAAAUAGUUUCCAGACGUCGCAAAGAUUUUACACAAGAAUUUUUUGUGCAUGUUCACACUGUUGCUGAAUCCUAUUACGACAAUCCAACAGAGCAAAAUGGUUUGGCAAGUAUUGGAAAUACGUGCUUGGCUGCUGUACAAGCAUAUGAUUCUGCAACUGAAAGCAUUGAAGCACUGAAUGCUGCAGAGUUGAAAUUUCAAGAUAUUAUCAACUCUCCUUCUGUUGAUGCUGCUUGUAGGAAGAUAGAUCACUUGGCUGAGAAAAGUCAACUCGACUCAACAUUGGUGAUGAUGAUUACAAAAGCUUGGUCAGCUGCCAAGGAGUCGAGCAUGACAAAAGAUGAGGUGAAAGAUGUAUUAUAUCAUUUGUAUGUGACUGCAAGAGGUAAUCUCCAGAAGCUCAUGCCAAAAGAAAUUCGGAUAAUUAAGUAUCUUCUCACCAUUGAGGAUCCUGAGGAGCGUCUGUCUGCAUUACAUGAUGCAUUUACCCCAGGAGAGGAACUUGAAGGGAAAGAUGUAGAUAACCUAUUCACGACUCCAGAGAAGCUCCACACCUGGAUAAAGGCUGUUGUGGAUGCUUACCAUUUCAGCCAGGAAGGCACUCUAAUUAGGGAAGCAAGAGACCUCAUGAAUCCAAAGAUCAUUCAAAAACUGGAGGAGCUGAAGAAGUUAGUCAAAAACAAAUUCUUGUGACCAAUAACGCAUACAUCAUGAAUAGUACUUGUCCGCAUGUCAAAGAUCACUGGAAUUCAUCUCCAGGACCGUCUAUUUAUCUCAGCUAAACUUUGGAAAUACAAGAGAACCCUAGCCAUGACUCCGGAUUUUCUGAAGUUCCUAGUGGCAUGCACUCUGAAGCUUGAAGCUUCAAACAUCAAAAUGACUUGUCAGCCUUAUAGGUUAAAAUGCUGUAGUUUGUUGGGUUUUUGUAGUCUGAUGUACACCGAGCCCCGUGGUCAUUAUAAACUACAGCUUUGUAAAAUUACUGGCUCUAAGCUUGAAAAUAAAAUCAAUCUCAUCCUCUGCACCAAUUUUCAGUGAA